AGGAUGUCAAUUUGCCGUUUCCUGAUUUUGGUGAGCGUCUUUAUACUUUGUACAGGUGAGGACAGUGAGUGUGACAACUUCACCGAUCUGGAUUUCCAUGAGUGUUUCAUAGGGACCAAUCUGUAUGUGCGGCUGCUGCUCUACACUCGUGCAAACCUCGAGUGCGGUCAGGAGCUCUCCCACCACAACUUCACUCAAGAACCCCUUUUUGAUGUAACCAGACCCACUACCUUUGUCAUACAUGGCUACCGGCCCACAGGGGCACCGCCUAUCUGGAUCAACCACAUUGUGCACUUGUUAGCAGCACAGAAAGACAUGAACAUCCUGGUUGUGGACUGGAACAGAGGGGCGGCCAACCUCAAUUACUUCACUGCCGUGGCCAACACACGGGGAACAGCUAAGAACAUCACAGGCUUGAUAGAGAGCAUGGAGAAAGAGGGAGCAUCUCUUGACUCCAUCCACCUGAUUGGCGUCAGCCUGGGUGCACACAUUGCGGGGUUCAUUGGCGCGACGCUGGGAGGACGAGUAGGCAGAAUCACAGGUCUAGACCCAGCAGGGCCAAUGUUUGCCGGUGUUUCUCCUGAGGACCGCCUUGAUCCAACAGAUGCCCAGUUUGUAGAUGUGCUGCACACAGAUAUGAAUUCUUUUGGCCUCAGAGGAACCCAUGGCCAUAUUGAUUUCUAUGCCAACGGAGGAUUAGAUCAGCCUGGAUGUCCCAAGACCAUCUUCUCAGGGAAAUCUUAUUUUGUGUGUGAUCACCAGAGGUCUGUUUUCCUGUACCUGUGUGCUCUGAAUCACACCUGUAACCUCACGGCAUACCCGUGUUCCUCGUACAGCGACUUCCUCAGUGGCCAGUGUUUGCAGUGUGAGACCUUUAAGCCUGCGUCCUGUCCUGUUCUGGGUUAUGACAUGAGCCAGUGGAGGGAUACACUUGUGAGGUUGGGGCAAACAAGAGCAUAUUUCUCGACUACGGCAGAACUCCCCUACAGCAAGACAAGCUACAGAGUGGACCUAGUAACCUGGAACCAGUUUCUACGGUGGGGGGUGGUCAUACUCCGACUGCAUAAUGGAAAAAACGUAAUAGAGUCUCGGAUAGAUAAUAAGCUGUUGAGGUUUGAACAGUAUACAUCCACUCGACUACUGGCGCAGUUUGAUGAGGAUCUGUAUCCAAUUCAGAAAAUAUCUUUACGGAUUGUCACUGGGAAUGUUAUUGGACCUCGAUACAAGAUAAGGCUACUCCGUAUUCGGAUAACUCCACUGGAAAAUCCGAACAGGCCACUAAUGUGUCGAUAUGACAUUAUUUUGGAGGAGAAUACGGAUGUGUCUUUCAAACCAUUGCCCUGUAAUUAAUCUUGAAAAAUCACAUCGAAACGCCUAUCUGAACUAAAAUAGACAUUUUAAGAGGGUCUAAAAAGUUUAACUUUUAGUGCCUUUUCUGUGAGAUUAAUACUGUGAUUUUUUGUGCACUACUAGCACUAGUAUAAAAUGAUAUUAUACCAGACACAUACUCCAGUAUUAAGAAUUAAAGUGCUGCUUUACAAUAUCAAAUUAUGGCCAUUCCUGUAUAGUUUUGUCUUAAUCAUUACCAGUAUAAACCAAAUAUUUCAAUGUAAAAAUGUUUUCCAUGUACAGCUUUUGCAUUCUAAUUUUGUAAAAUAAAUUAUGUGGACUGAAAA